AUGGACGUCGCCUAUAAGCAGCAUUCCAGCCAAGCUCGGAGACAGAACCGCUCCUCAACCAAUCUCAACCACUUGACUUUGGCCCCCCUCACCUCGAAGCUACCCCUUACAGAUCCCGACGCCCUGCCCGAGUUCGUUGCGUCACCACUGGAGUACAAUGUCUCCUACCUUCAGGGCAAAUCUGCUCCCACUACGCCCAGGUUGUUGUCUCGCUCUCCCAUCGAUGCACGCUCCCGUAGCCGCCGUUCCUCGGUGCACGGUCCCAAGCCCGAAGUGCUGAGCAAGAGCAAAUCGGCUUCGCAUCUGGCGGGCUUCACGGGAGGACAUGGACAGCAGCAUCAUCACAGAGGCUCAGGCACGGGCGCCUUGACUCCGACAUCGCGGCGGAGGAAAGAGGAAGCUACAUCACUGUCGAUAGAGGACCGCAACGACAGCGACUGGAUGUUGCGGACGGGGGCCCUGAUCAGCACGGAAAUGCGCGAGUCCAAGGGCCAGGCUUGGCUGGCCACCCGCCAGAGCUCCACCAGCCUCGCGGGACUACGGGACGCCGACGAAGAGGCCUAUGCGCGGGAGCUGGCCCGAGAGAGAGAACUGGCCAGUCGACGUGAGAGCCGUCGCGGUAGUCUGGCCAUUGAUGAAAUUACUACACAACCCAGCAGUCGUCUGGGCAGCCGCUCGCACAGCAGAAAAGGGAGCAGAAAUACUGCGCGGUCGCCGCUCAGAGAUCAAUUAGACGAAAGCUACUUUAACCAGGAGAUUUUCAUUUCCGACGAAUAUACUCAAGGCCCGGACUUUGUAGGCUUGGACGAGAAACUCGAAGCUAUCGAAGUAGAUACAUCACAGGCGGAUGAGGCAACCGUCAGGAGGCUGGUCAAGCGUGAAAGCACCGGCACGGGUUGGAUGGGCAAUUUGAUUGGCUGGUCUCUUUUCUCAGUAGAGGAACAAGAAGAGUCUGACAAUGGUGAAGGCGAAGAUUCUGAUGGAGAAGAGGGAGAGAUUUUCAUUUCUCGAACGUCAAGCAGCAGGCAGCUUGGUGGUGUCGCGGCUGGCGCAGAACCUCGAAUACCUCCUCCAAAGGCUGAUGAAGGUGGUUGGAACGAUGCUGCUUGGUUGUUAAGCGUUGCCUCAAAGGUGCUCCUAUGA